AUGUCGAAUUCCUACAUAGUCAAUCCAUUUGGGUUGCCUACUGAGAGCAAUCAGUUACCAACAUACACUACUCCAUUGAAUGCUAUCAACUCUGUUCUAUUCAAAAACCUGGAGAAUGUGUUUAGCUACAAGACUUUUUCCGACCCAGAUUUGUUGGAUGCUUCCAUCAAGAAACUGGCAGAAAGAAGUAAAAACUUGUACUUCAAGGAAUUGGACGUGAGAUCUGGUGCUGGUUUGACAACUCUAGGGUUUGCCAAUCAAUCGAAUGGAGUGUCUGGUAUUAUUGCACCAGGUUAUGCUUUGCCAUACUUUGUCAGUACUUUCAAGCAGGAAAAGCAAAGACAAUCAAGAUUUGUCUUUAAUGUCGGUUCGUUGGACUACGAUGAAGUAAGCGGAUCUGUCACCAAUGACUACUUGACAGCUUUGAAUGCGGCAAAAGAUUUAGGCUUUCCAGUUAUUACCCCCACACAAGUAUCCGAGGUUAAAGCAACUUCUUUGUUGGUGCUUGCAUUGGCUAAAUACGGUCGCUCUCUUGGCGCUGUGCAGUUAUUUGACGGUGCUCACUAUGCAAGAACUGUCACCAGAGUCGAAGAUGAGUUGCAUGAUGAUUUCAUUGAGUCGUUGAAUCUAAAGGAAGGUUCCACUUUCGAUGAAAUUCUAGAUGCCUUUAAUGAGAAUUCUUCCAAGAGAUUACAUAAUUUCCAAUACUACGGUAGUGAAUCUGCAGAAACAGUUUUUGUCACUUACGGUUCUUUGGAAUCGGAAUUAUUUGCUUCUGUAUUGGAUAAGAGCGACUCUAAUAUUGGUUUACUUGUUGUGAGAAUUCCUUUACCAUUCGAUAGCGCGAAGUUUGUGUCUUUAAUCCCAUCGACAGCAAAGGAAAUUGUUGUUAUCGGCCAGUCUUUAUCGGGUCAAUCUCCUUCCUGGUUGAGAUCUCAAGUCUCAGGAGCUUUGUUUUUGAACAAUAAACGUAAUUUGAAGGUCGCAGAAUAUAUUUACCAACCAAACUUUGUUUGGUCUCCAUCUGCAGCUGAGCAGGUUAUAGCUAACUUUAUUCCUGGUUUCAAAUUACAAUUGACUGAAACUGGUCAAAAGUUUAUCUAUUGGUCCGCUGAUAAUAGUAACAACGCUGACUUGGCUGCAAGAUUGACACAGGGUUUGUCAUUGAUUGAUAACAUUGAUGUUUCUUUGAGAAGUAAGUUUGAUAACAUUGGUAAUGCAGGUACUUUCCAGACUCAAUUUUGCUCUUACGCUAAAAACUCGAAAAUCACUGUUUCGAAUAUUGACGCUGCAGAUGUUGUCAUGGUUGAAGACACUUCUUUGUUGAACUUUUAUGACGUUACUGCAACCUUAAAAGAAGAAGGCACUUUAAUCAUUUUCGUGAAAACCCCAUUGGUAGAGAAAGACUUAUCAGAUAAGAGCUUUUAUAUUGAUGAAUUGAAAUUAAGCCCUGAGUUACUGAAGGCUAUUGCUACCAAGAACCUCACUGUGACUUUGUUAGAUGUUGAAACAAUUGGUGAUAGGGAGGAAACCAAGGGUCGUACAUUGUCCUUUGUUGCUCAGGCCGCAUUCUGGAGGGCUGCUACUAACGACGAUACUCAAAGUAUCAUUCGUCGUAUUUGGAAUUCGGCAGGCCCAGAUAUUGAAUUGUUGGCCGCAGUUUUAUCAGACACAAUUAGCAAAGCAUUUGAAGUAGGUGUUAAGAAUAUCCCAAAGGAUGCCUACCCUAAAUUUAUUGAAAAUGAAAACAAAGAGAAAGAAGAAGAAAGUGUUCAAUUGCCAGCGUUCGUUAUCGAAACAUCGUUUGCUCCAAAUCAAAAACUUUCGGAAAGCACCCCAGACGUGGAGCUUUCCAAUGUCACGGAAAUCUCUAAGAAGUUGGUUUUCAAGGAAGCUUAUGGUGUUUCUAGAGAAUUGAGACCAGAUCUCCCAGUCAACAACUACAUUGUUAAGGUCAAAAACAAUAGGAGAGUUACACCCGAGGACUACGAUAGAUACAUUUUCCAUAUCGAAUUCGAUAUUUCUGGUACUGGAAUGACCUAUGAUAUUGGUGAGGCCUUAGGUGUACAUGCUAGAAACAACCUAGAAAAUGUUAGAAACUUCUUGGAGUUCUACGGCUUGAAUGAAAAUGAUAUUGUCCAGGUUCCAAACAAGGAUAACAAUCAAUUCCUCGAAUCCAGGACGGUAUUGCAAGCAUUUGUAGAAAACCUUGAUAUAUUCGGUAAACCACCAAAGCGUUUCUAUGAAAGUUUGGUCGAGUUUUGUACGGACGAGAAUGACAAGAAGAAGUUAGAGGAAUUAGUUUCUCCCGCAGGUGCUACUGAGCUGAAGCGCUUCCAAGACGUGGAAUACUACACCUACGCAGACAUUUUUGAGCUAUUCCCUUCUGCAAGACCAUCUGUUGGUGACUUGGUAAAAAUUAUUGCUCCAUUGAAGAGAAGAGAAUACUCUAUUGCUUCAUCCCAAAAGGUUCAUCCAAAUGAGGUUCAUUUGUUAAUUGUUGUUGUCGAUUGGAUUGACAACAAAGGUAGAAAGAGAUAUGGUCAGGCCUCUAAGUUCAUUUCUGAACUUGCUGUCGGUUCUGAAUUAGUCGUUUCUGUGAAGCCAAGUGUUAUGAAACUUCCUCCAUCUCCAAAGCAACCUGUCAUCAUGAGUGGUUUAGGUACUGGUUUAGCACCAUUCAAGGCUAUCGUGGAAGAGAAAUUAUGGCAAAAGCAACAGGGUUACGAAAUUGGUGAGGUGUACUUAUACUUAGGUUCAAGACAUAAGAGAGAGGAGUACUUGUAUGGUGAAUUAUGGGAAGCGUACAAGGAUGCGGGUAUCAUCACCCACAUCGGUGCUGCAUUUUCAAGAGACCAACCUGAAAAGAUUUAUAUUCAGGAUCGUAUCAGAGAAAAUUUACCUGAAUUAAAGACUGCAAUGAUUGACAAUGAGGGUUCUUUCUACUUGUGUGGUCCAACUUGGCCAGUUCCUGAUAUCACGCAAGCCUUGCAAGAUAUCAUCGAGGCUGAUGCCAAGGAGAAGGGUAUUACGGUCGAUUUGAAUGCUGCUAUUGAAGAACUAAAGGAGUCUUCCAGAUAUAUAUUGGAAGUUUACUAG